AUGCGUCUCAACUUUGUGCCCAGCCUAUGGCUCACAGUUGGCUUGCUCUUAGAAUCUACUUAUAGCGCAGGAAAUACGGCGUACACCAUACAGGACUCUGCAUUAGCUAAAUCAGUCUUUACAAACGGCUAUGAAAAUGGGAAGAAAGCUCUCGUUCGAGUCGUUGUAGACUCUUUCGACUACAAGAUUACAGCCAAAUCGGCGUGGAACGCUUACGACAGCACGCCAAACCGGUUACAUCUCAACGAGAUCAUGAUGGCACUCUGGAAGGACGACGGCUUGGAGCCGGGGGAGAUGGUCACUGUCGAAUUCUCUUGGAUUGUCAACCAGCCUACGAAAGAUGCAAUUGCCAGCGUUCGUAGUCAGCGCAAUGCAGGCUCCUCUGACACUGUUAGAGUCACUGAGGGAGAGACAGGAUGGGAUACACUGAUGGGCUGUCCAUUCGGUGGUGUCGCCCAGAGAUUGGCAAGCGAGGCUGGGAAGUCAAUUUUCUCUAUUACGGUGACGGACGCCGGGCUAGAUGACAUGACUUUUGAGUUCGAAUGA